CCACCCACUGCAUCCGAGCUCCAACUCCGCACCCAAAAAUCCGCAGCCUUUCUGCGGUUUCCCCACACGAGAUUCCUUCCCCCUCCUUGGAGCCUAGUGCGCGCAAGAACGCCCGCGGCGUCCGGCCAUGUCCUUCCCGCGGCUCCUCGUCCUCUUCGUCCUCGCCGUGGCGGUGGCCCCGCGCCGUGCGGCCGCCGCCUGCGGGGCGGAGAAGUUCUCGGCCAACCGGGUGUUCGCGGCGUGCGCCGACCUGCCCCGCCUGGGCGCGUCCGUGCACUGGACCUACGACGCUGCGGCGUCGUCCCUCUCCGUGGCGUUCCUGGCCGCCCCGCCCUCCGGCGGGUGGGUGGCCUGGGGGCUCAACCCGACCGGCGAGGGCAUGAUCGGCACGCAGGCGCUCGUCGCCGUGCCCAAGGGAGGCGGGUACGAGGUGCAGACGUACAGCAUAUCCGGGUUAUCUCUCGGCUCCCCGGGGCCCCUUUCCUACAAGACGUCCGAUCUCACCGCCGAGAGCGGCGGCGACGGCCGCGUCCGGAUUUUCGGGACCCUCCAGCUCCAGAACGGCACCGGGGAGGUGAACCAGGUCUGGCAGGUAGGCCCAUUCUCCGGCGGGGCCAUCGGUAUGCACUCAACGACUAAUUCCGACAACCUGAACUCCAAGGGGAAGCUGAACCUCCUCACCGGGGCCAGCACCGCCGCCAGCGGAGGGGGGAACAUCCUCAGGAAGAGAAAUACCCAUGGAGUCCUGAAUGCUGUAAGCUGGGGUCUUCUGUUGCCCAUGGGAGCCAUUUUUGCGAGAUACCUCAAGACAUUCAAAUCAGCCGAUCCCGCAUGGUUCUACCUCCACGUAGCUUGCCAGCUGAUCGGCUAUGGCGUCGGAGUGUCUGGAUGGGCAACUGGGAUUCAUCUUGGAAACUUGUCCAAGGGAAUCACCUAUUCAGUUCACAGGAACAUUGGGAUCACAGUAUUUUCUCUUGGUACUCUGCAGAUCUUUGCGCUCUUCUUGAGGCCGAAGAAGGAUCACAAGUACCGGUUCUACUGGAACGUUUACCACCACUCGAUCGGUUACACCAUCAUCAUACUGGGCAUCAUCAACAUCUUCAAGGGCAUGUCGAUCCUGAGCGUGGACCAGAAAUGGAAGACGGCCUACAUCAUCGCGAUCUGCAUCCUGGGCGCCAUCGCCCUGAUUCUGGAAGUCGUUACAUGGGGCAUCGUCUUGAAGCGGAGGAAAGAGGACAACAAGACCUACAAUGGCAACGGGAACGGCCACUUGCCGCUAUCUAUGUAAUAGAGCUCCAUAGUCAGGGUCCUUUGGCCUCUAUUUAUCUUCAGUGUUUGUGUUGGUGUGCAGAUGUAGGGGGGGAUAGGUCCUGUGAUCUUAGUAUCUCUCUUAGUAUCUCUCUUUUUUUGUAUGAUAGAUGUGUGUAUACUUGCACAAUUAUACCGGAGAUGAGUGAUACUAGUGGCAUUGGUCAUUGCCUGCUUUUUGUUC